UGGGAACAGCAACGAGUUGGCAGUUUUGUGAUAAAUACUCUAACUACAUAUAAGUUUUCGAUCCAAGCAACAAUUUCUUUAAAUAGAUGUGUUUAUUACAAUUAUAAAUGCGGGAAUAGCAGCAUGUAGCGCUUGUACGUACGCACGCACGUAUUAAACAUGAAAGAAGUGGGCAUUGCGCUGCCCAAAUCGCGUGGAGUCGGCGUGGGCAUUUUGGGCGCAUUUCUGCUGUUUUUUAUUUUCUACUAUUUUUAUGGGGGUUACAUGACGCUAACGCUUUUUGCAGCGAUUCUAUUACUUAUUUUCUACCAUGCACAAGACUUGCUCUUGUAUCAUCCCGACUUGCCAACAAACUCUCGUAUUUACAUCCCAAUACCAACAAUGCACAAUCUGCCACAUCUGACCGUUAGUAUUAAGACGCCCGAUGACGUGACUCUGCACGCCUUCUGGAUCAGCCAGCCGGAAGAGCGUUGCAAGUCAGUGCCCACAUUGCUCUAUUUUCACGGCAACGCUGGCAAUAUGGGACAUCGAAUGCAGAAUGUUUGGGGAAUCUAUCAUCAUCUACAUUGCAACAUUCUAAUGGUUGAGUACCGUGGCUAUGGCCUCUCUACUGGAGUGCCUUCCGAACGUGGUUUAGUUACAGAUGCUCGUGCUGCAAUUGAUUAUUUGCACACUCGCCACGAUUUGGAUCACUCGCAGCUGAUACUCUUUGGCCGUUCGCUGGGCGGUGCUGUUGUAAUUGACGUGGCCGCCGACACUGUCUAUGGUCAGAAGCUGAUGUGCGCCAUUGUGGAAAAUACGUUCACCAGCAUACGUGAAAUGGCUGUGGAGCUGGUGCAUCCAUCUGUGAAAUAUAUACCAAAUCUAUUGUAUAAAAAUAAGUAUCAUUCACUCAACAAGAUAAGCAAGUGCUCGGUACCUUUUCUAUUUAUAUCGGGCCUUGCGGACAACUUAGUGCCACCGCGCAUGAUGCGUGCCUUGUAUACCAAAUGUGGUAGCGAACAGAAGCGUAUGAUUGAACUCCCGGGUGGCUCACACAACGACACCUGGAUAGUGGAUGGUUACUACCAGAGCAUUAGGGGAUUUCUCUUCGAGUUGCAACAACAGCCAUCGCCAUUGCAGAAGCCUCCAGAGAAAAGCAACGUCUGGGUAGAGCUGGAACAUAAGAUUAUUGACGUUUAACUACCAUUCAUAUACAAAAGUGUUCGAUUGACUGUGUUAACACUGCGUUGGUAUACUAUUUAUAUAAGAUAAUAUAUAGAUAUAUGCAUAUGCAUGUCAGCUGUAUGCAUUAAACAGGUUUUUUAUAAAUCCAAAUUAUGCUUUAGGUUAAGCUGUUUUAGGCGCUUGUAGUUGUGUUUAUGGAAAGUCAAAAUCUGAGUGCUUAGUGCUGUGGGUUCCAUAUUUUAAAUGUUAAACUACUUACGUACGUAUAUACAUGUAUAUUAGGUUAAUUGUUAACAAAUUAAUAAGAUAAUUAGCUUUAGGUUAGCCUAAAACAAAGUCUAAAUCAGGUUCCGCAAAUGCAAAAUA